AACACGGAGAUGAGCUGAAGCUUUGUCAUGUGAUUUCAAUUCGUGGAUUACAUAAACACUCGAAACUCAAACAAAGACAAAAAAAUAAUUUUCUUUUGUCAAAAAGAAGCUUCACUUUCUUUGGUGGCCUUUGAAUUUUUUUGCAAAAGAAGCCAAAUAUCCCAAUCAUAUAUUUUUCACUUUCCCUUUUAUUAUUUAUAUUCUAUUAUAUACUGUCAGCGGGAGAGAGAGAGAGAGAGAUAGAAAAAGAAAGGAAGCUAUAAAUGCGAGCAGGUUUGUGUAGGUUCUUUUCGCCUUUGGCUUAGCAACUAAGAUUACACCUUCCUCUUAACUUCUUCUCUUUUUAUUUAUAAAAUAAUAUAUACUCUUUUUCUUUAUAUAUAUAUAUAUACAACGCUACUUUCAAAAGACUACACAUUGAUAUUUGUGUAUAUAGCAGUAUCACAAACCCCAAAAGAGUUUUCUUGAAUCGAACAAAAAAGAUGGAGUUUUACGCAUACCCAUCUCGUGCUUUGCCUUCAUCGUCAUCAUCCUCUCUUUCUUCUUUUUCAAUCGGGGAUUUGGUUGAUAGGGCCAAAGAUUGUUUCUGCCUUGCCGUCUCUACCAUCGUUGGCAAUGUUUUCUCUGCAAUCUUCACCUUCUUCUUCGCACUAGUGGGCACCUUAUUAGGAGCAAUGACCGGGGCUUUAAUAGGCCAAGAGACAGAAAGUGGAUUUGUUAGAGGUGCUGCAGUUGGUGCCAUCUCUGGUGCUGUUUUCUCUCUUGAAGUCUUUGAAUCAUCUCUGUUGCUAUGGCAGUCUGAUGAAUCUGGAAUUGGAUGUGUUCUUUACUUGAUUGAUGUAAUAGCGAGCCUGUUAAGUGGUAGACUAGUUCGUGAGCGGAUUGGUCCAGCUAUGCUAAGUGCAGUGCAAAGUCAGAUGGGAGCUGUUGAAACUGCAUAUGAAGAGAUCCCUAACAUUUUCGAUACAGGCGGGGCAAAGGGUUUACCUGGAGAUUCUGUUGAAAAGAUCCCCAAGAUUAUAAUUGCAAAUGAUAAUGAUAUGGAUGGUUCUGGAGAGAGAGUCUCCUGUUCAGUCUGUCUACAGGACUUCCAACUGGGAGAGACUGUUAGAUGUUUACCACAAUGUCAUCACAUGUUUCACCUUCCCUGCAUUGAUACAUGGCUGUUGAGACAUGGAUCUUGCCCAUUGUGCAGAAGGGAUCUGUAGGUGACCAUACUCUGUAAAUUAUAUAACAUGGUUUUUUUUUUCUUCAUACUCUCUUAUAGGAUUUCUCUAUUUCUUUUCUCCUCUCUUGUACCAAUUUUCCUGGAAAUAUAAUGUAAUUAGAGUAUGUGCUCCUUUGAGCUUGGUCCUUGUAGUUGAUUACCAUCCUGUAAAGAAUUUUGAGCAAUCAUAGUGUACUCUACUUCCACAGAGCAGUACUUCUGUA